UUUUUAUCUUUAAUUAAAUUUUUAUUCCUUUUAAAUUCUCUCUUUUCUAUCCAAAUCACAGUCAAAUUGAUAUUUAUCCGCAACUCUUUUGAGAGGAAAACUUGUAUUUUUAAUUUAAUUUAUUUUUUCUUUAAAUUAAUUUUUAAAAAUGCCCCAAGUUGUGAAACGUAUUUCUCCAGAGAUUGAGACACUUUCAACAAUUGAAGGACUUAAGUUGAUUAAGCAAAAGGUAUUUCCUGAUGAAAGGGGCUUCUUCAGUGAAUCUUACAAUGCUCGUGAGUGGAAAGAGGCUUUAGGGUUUGAGGAACAUUUUCUGCAAGAUAAUCACUCAUAUUCAAAAUUUGGAGUUAUUCGAGGGUUACACGCACAAAAAGGGAUGGGAAAACUUGUUUCUGUACUUGCUGGCUCGAUUUUUGAUGUUGCAAUAGAUGCACGUUUGGGCUCUCCGACUUUUGGUAAAUGGCAUGGUAUUGUGUUGGAUGCUAAGGAAAAGACUUCUUUUUGGAUCCCUGAUGUGUAUUUCUGA